UGUAACAUCAACAGCGGCUUUCAAACUUUCAUGAGGAAAUAUCGAAUGCCAUAUGGACGGCCUGACAGUCGUCCUUACUCUAAGGCGCUUUUAUUGCGUUUCUGUUAAACCGACUCGUCGCGAUCUGCAUUCAGACAAAAGUUGAUUUUUGCACAGAAGAUCAAGCAAAGGAGAGGAAAGGUCUGACAUCAGAGGACAGAAGCCCAAGGGAGAGAAUCUCUUACCUCCUCUCUGAUUAUCUGUGCAAUGCCAGCACGUUAAUUGGACUGAUUAGUGGACCUGUCAGUGACGGGGUUGCCCCUCCCCCCGUGAGCUGAAUGGCUGUGUACAGAGGGCGCAUUGCCUUUUGGGUGAGAUAUGGGAGGAGCCAUGGCUGUAGGCAACCAAUCAAGCAACACUCCUGGAGUGUCACUGAGACACUUGAUUCGCAGCUUAGUGGACCUUCUCGACCAAUAAGCUGCAUUUCCUGGGCCCUCACCUCACCCAAUUUCCAGCGUCAUCAGCCCGUCGGUCAAUCGUCUUUCGAAUCAUCACUGUCACACCACGCCCGGCUCACAGGGCAUCCAAUCAGAACUCUCAACUUGGAGGAGUGGGAAGAGACUGUGGGGCUAUGUGUGCUGUUGGGACCUGGGGAGUGCGAGGGUCAGCGCACCCUGGUGGAGGUUCACCUGCUUGGGCAGGCACGGUUAGGCGAGCUCCUGGUCUCGGGAUCCACCAGGCCCGGCGAGUUUCUCUUCCCACUAACCACUGUGGAUGGAACAAGGGAGGAUGACAUAAGCAUUAGGGGAGGCGAAAGGGGGGGGGAGAGAGGGAGAGACGGAGAGAUGGGGAAGAGAGAAGGAGAGUCCUUCCGAAGUUUGUUUCAGGCGGAGCAUUGUCCCGCCCCUUUCGUGUGGGGGUCCCGGUAUUACUGCUUUCACUGUCCAGUGAGGGAGCCCUUGACUGGGUGUAGGGACAAAUCAAGCCUGAGGGCUGGACUGGAUGUGCAGGCCGCAGCCGUCUCUCCCUGGCCCUUUCUCUCCUACUGCAGUCAGACGGGGAUGGAGGGAGGAGAGGGGAGGGAGAAGGAGAGAGAGCGGGAGAGGGAGGAGAAGCUGGCGGUGAUGUAUGAGAGGUUGAGGAUGGAGCUGCCCUUGUUCUUUGUGAAGAACCACGACUACACCAUGUACUCCAAUGACAUCGAGUUCAUCAAUGGGCUACUACACACCAAGACCAGGGGGCGUAUGCUGUACCAGCUGACCCUGUCUCUGUGGAAGCUGCUGUGCGCCUGCUACUUUGCGGACGUGUGGCUGGAGGUUCUGAAGCUCACCAAGCACAGCGAGGACGGGACGGUGCAGGCCCGCUGGAGACUGAAGGGGCUGCCCUUCCACCUGCUGCUGCUGCGCUUCUACAGGAAGGACAAGACCCACCUGUACAGGUCGUACGAUGCCUUCUCUACUUUUUACCUGGGGCCUGACGGACUUGUUCACCGCCACAGAGUUGACAAGGUGAUGCGGGCCACGCCCCCGGUCCUGCCUCGUGUGACCUCAGUGCUGGCGGGGGCGCUGGUGGCCCUGGGCCUUCAGGAGCACAGACCCGCCCUCAAUCUGCUGCCCCUCCUCCUCUCGUCUCUCAGAACAGGGCGGCAGUGACAGAGAGAGGGAGAGAGAGAGAG